AUGGCCGAAUUCGAAAUUGGCCAAACGGUGGAGCUUGGAAAUGGUGCUAUAGCAACUAUUCUAUGGAUGGGAACGGAUCCAAUAUUUGCUUCAGGGGACUGGGUCGGAGUUGAAUUAGAAGAUGGAGGAGGCAAAAAUGAUGGCAGUGUCUUGGGAAGGCGAUAUUUUCAGUGCGAGAUGGGCAAAGGAAUGUUUGUUCGCCCUUCUACUAUUGCUAUUAUCGAUCGACCUGCACCUCCCCCAAAAGCACCUGCGCCUGCAAAGAAACCUGGUCGACCAAGCAGCGUUGCUGCCCCGGCUGCACGAAGAACAAACUCUGUACCAGAUAAUGGCGUAAAAAGGAAAAGCAUGAAUGCUCCGAGCCCAAGCCCCAAGGGAAGACAUCCCUCUGGCCCUUCAGGCCUUCGUUCUCCCACAAAAUCCCCUACAAAGCAACUAUACUCCGCAGGUACUUCGGUUGCCUCAACCUCCCGAACCGGUACACCUGCGAAUUCUCGUGCGCCCUCUGCCGGCGUUACAAGACCUCGGCCAUCAUCUGUAAGUCGGACAUCAAUGGGCCCGCCACCUCCACCUGGAGGACGAGGAAAACCAUUAGCUGGAGGUAGUGGUGUAGCAAAUAGGGUUGGAGGACCUGCGACCAGGACAACUGCUUCUCGUCCCACCUCUUUGGCCCCUAAACGCACACUUCGACCUGCUCCGGACCGCGCACCAUCAGGGUCUAGUCAAGUCAGUGAUGGUACUCAUGAUACGGUUGAUGAAGAUAGAUUGCUAUCACCCUCACUGAGGAGUGAUACGGAUCAGUUGUCUCCGCAAGCUUCAAGCCCCGUAUUUACUAGGACUGGGCGAGAAGCUUCGCCAGCAGGAUCACCAGCCGGACAGCGUGUUGCAACGAGCACAGCGGCCAGCAGGGAGAUUGAGGACCUGAAAACAAAGCUAAGGGUAAUGGAGAAGAAACGAAUGGAGGAUAGGGAGAAGCUGAAAGGUUUGGAAAAUGUUCAAGCUGAAAAGGAGAAAUUCGAGGGGAUUAUUCAGAAGUUACAAACGAAAUAUCAACCUCAGCAACAAGAAAUAACGGACUUGAGAAAACAAUUGAAAGAGUUUGCUGCUAGAUUUGAGGAAGUGGAAGGUAUGCAAGCCGAACAUGAAUCGAUACUUGAAAUGGCAACCCUGGAUAGGGAAAUGGCAGAAGAAACAGCCGAAGUGCUCAGAACUGAAUUGGAUGCCUUGAAACAAAAGACUGAAGAGUUGGAGUUGGAGGUCGAGGUAUUGCGAGAAGAGAAUACAGAAUUGGGAGGAGAAAUGAGUGCAGAAGAGAAGACUAGUCAAAGUUAUCUGCAACUGGAGAGAAAGAAUGAACGAUUAACGGAAGCCCUUCUGAGGCUCAGAGAUCUGACACAACAAGCUGAGGCCGAGCUUAAAGACGAAAUCAAGAGUCUACAAGAAGAUGUUCGAGAGCUCGGUAGUGUCAAGGAACAUUAUGAUGUGGUGAAGGGAAAACUUGCUCAGUCAGAAGCCAUCAUUGAAGAUCUCCGCCAACAACUCGAUAAUGCUCUAGGUGCCGAAGACAUGAUUGAGGAACUUACCGAUCGAAACAUGAGUAUGAGUGAGCAAAUCGAGGAAUUGAAAGUCACAAUUGAGGACCUCGAAAGCUUGAAGGAACUUAACGACGAACUCGAGAUUAAUCACGUCGAAACCGAGAAGGAGAUGCAGGAAGAAAUCGACUUCAAGGAAAGCAUUAUUAAUGAGCAAGCAAGACGAGCAGCCCAACAAGAUGAGACCUUGGAUGACAUGGAAUAUACUUUAUCGAGAUUCCGUGAGCUAGUUACUAGUCUACAAAGCGACUUGGAAGAUAUAAGAGCAUCACAUGCCGUCACAGAAACAGAAUCGGAACAAUUGAACAGCCGAACACGUGCAAUGCAAGACUUAAAUAUGAAGCUCCAAGUUUCUGCUGCCAAAACUCAAGUCAAGACAAUCGACUUGGAACUACGUCGCUUAGAUGCUCAGGAGGCAUCGGAACAUUUGUCCAUCGUUCAGCUAUUCUUACCAGAUCAGUUCAAUUCAGAAAGAGAUUCAGUUUUGGCAUUGCUAAGAUUCCGACGUGUGGCUUUCAAAGCAAAUCUUUUACAUGGAUUUGUUAAAGAGAGGGUAAACGGACAGCCACCUAUUGGCCAUGAGGACGACAUCUUUGCUGGCUGUGAUGUUCUUGACAAACUCGUAUGGGUUGGUGCCAUGUGCAACCGUUUUGUCAAUGCCAUCAGCCACUGCUCAAUUGAAGAAUUCGGCAAAUACGAGGGCGCACUAUAUGAACUUGAACCUGUUGAGAGAGCACUCAAUGGAUGGAUAGAUGGCUUGAGAAGAGAUGAAUUGAAGGAAAAGCAAUGUGCUAGCGAAUUGCAACGUACUAUUGCUCUCAUGUCUCAUCUUGCAGAGGUUCAUCUUGGAGAUAGCCUUGCUAAUUAUGCUGACGAGGUUCAUAUGCGUACUCUUGUCAUGCAGAGUCAGCUGGAAAAUGCUGCUGCUGCAAUUUCGUCUACGAGAACCAUGGUUCAAACUAUCAUACCCAGUCAAGAGGAGGAUGAUGAGCUCUUUGAACAUUUCUCCAAGAAGACGGAGGCAGUCAUUACCCAGACGCGCAGUGCAAAGGUCAUUGUUGGAAAAGCAGUCAGAGAGAUUGAAGACAUGAAAGCUCGAUCAUUAUCACUUAUGCCUGACACUAUUGAAUCGUUUGAGCAAUGCGAAUUGGCAACUCAACAACUUACAGAAUACACACGUCAUGUAGGAAACGACCUGUACACGGUAUUACACGAAGAAGGUAGAGCCGAGCCAUACACAUAUGUAGAAGUUCAAAGUACUAUCUACCAGACCACUUCAAACAUACUUUCAACUGACGAAUCCGACUUAUUCUCUACCUACUCAAACAAGCUCAAAUUUCUCAAUAAUCAACUAAUCGAUCUCUCAACUCUGACAUCCGAUCUGGAUAAAACCCUAGAAUUUGAGCUUGCAACAGCCCCUUGGAUUCUCAGAUCUCAAGAAUUGAAAUCUUCCAAGACUGUAACCGUUGACACUCAAGAAGAACUCCGUCGUCUGAAAGAAGACAAUCAUGAGCGUCUCCGUCUUAUCGCUUUACGUGAUCAAACUCUCGAAGAAUCAUCCGUUAAGAUAGAACUUCUAGAAAGUCGCAUGAGAGAUGCUACCAAGAAGAACGAACGUAUUAAUGAACUUGAGCGCAAAAUCGAAGUUGCCAAGUACCGUGAAGCAGAACUUGCUGAAGCAAUCGAACUUCAAAACAAAGAAUUAUCAACUAUGGAAGCUGAUCGCGAGAAGUGGAAGAAGAUUGCGGAUGAAAGUAAAGCUUUGGGUGAAGUCGUAUCUGGUUCUAAAGCAGGCCAGGAACGUGCUGUUGCCACUGCCAGAGAAAUGGAUGCGCUCAAGACUGAAAUUGCUAGUUUGCAAGCUGCAGUUCGUUACCUCCGGGAAGAUAAUCGUCGGGUUAAACUUUCGGAACGCGAAAAUAUGUCUUGGUUGGAUGAACCGUUGAUUAAAUCUAAAUCAGUCGAGGAACAGAGGAAAGCAUUGGUUAUAGCAGAAGGUCAAGAUGUGCUAAGCGAGCUCUUGACGCUGGCUACGGGGGAAAAUUCGAGAAUUUAUGAUUUGGGUGCCAUAAAAGCAGAUAGGGGCAAGUGGAGACCGGCAAAGAGUACACCGGGAUACUGGGUUGCGAGACAGAGAGAGGAAUAUGAGGAUUGGAGGGCAUGGAAGGAGGAAGUUGUUAAGAAAGGGAGAGUUUUGGGAGAGAGGGAGGGAAAUUUAGGAAGAGGAGUUGGAACCGGAAGAAAGGGGUUGAAGAGGGAUGGGGAGAGAAAUGUGGCUGCGAAAGUAGAUCUGAGGUGGAAGGAUUUAGAAGGGAAGGGGGCAGGAAGAGGGAAAGAAGUAGAGAUUGUAGGGGCUGGAGAGUGGGAAGGUGUUAGGAGGGAAUGGGGAUUUGUUUGA